AUGGAGGUCCUCCUGAGACCUGAUAGCGGAGUGAGGGUCGCCAGUUAUGACCUUUACACCGCACUAAAGCUGUCGAAUCCGUCGGCAAUACUGGCACUACUUUUUGACAAACGUGGCGACGAGAUUAAGAUCACGCAAUCUCAUUUGAACCGGGCAGUUGCAAAUUUUCGCGGCGGAGCAGAAGCCACAGUUUUUCUCCUCAAUAAGCGUUCAAAUGAAGUCAAAAUUACUGAAGAGGUGAUUAAACAAGCAGCGGAAUUUGGGUCAGUCGAGACUCUGUCACUGCUCUUUGAUGAACGGGGCACUGAUAUCAAGAUUACGGAAGAUGUCAUAGCGGCUAUAGGUGCCUCUAGGGACGACAUGCAAGCAGCAGCAAAGCUAUCUCUUCUUCUCGAGCGGCGUGCUCAUGAGAUCAAAAUUACGGAGAGCUUGGUGAUAGCCGCAAUGAAAGAGGCAUCUGUUGAUUGGAUGGCCACUCUCCUGGACAAGCGUGGUAACGAGAUGAAAAUAACAGAAGAUAUAGUCAAAGCGGCGUCAGAGAAUCGAGGAAAGUGGAUGUUGACCCUACUUCUUGAGAAGUAUGGUGACGAGUUUAAGAUCACGCAAGAUAUUGUCAAAGCCGCAGUCAGUAAUGCCAACCCCAACCUAGUAGCCUUGCUCCUUGACAAACGCGGCCACGAGUUUAAAAUCACAGAGGAUAUUGCGAGGACAGCAUUGGGUUCUCCCAACGGGUUAAAGAAAAUAACUAUGUUUCUUGACAAGCGCGGUCAUGAAUUCAGGGUUACAGAAGAUAUUGUUGAAGUCGCAGCACGAUUGCGUUUUGAUGCGUCAAAACUAAUUACUCUUUUCCUCAAUAAACGCGGUCACGAGUUUAAGAUAACAGAAGGAAUUAUAAAAGCCGCGUCGAACAAUGUGCUUUUAGGGAGAGAAACAGUAGCCUUGCUUAAAGAUAGGCGCCGCCUCGAGAUGGAUGUCACCAAAGAUAUUGCUAGUAUUGCAUAG